AUGUUUUUGGCACCAUCACCAUCGCCAUCGCCCCCGAAGAGGGACAAUUGGGAAGAUGGCCACGUCCACAACUCCAUGGUCCAUCUUGGGCAGUUCAUCGACGCGUCUUCGUGGCUGCCCAUCGGUCAGCGCCUCCAGCACAUGACAUGGGCCUGGUUCACCACAACAAUGAGCACGGGAGGCUUGGCUUUGCUGUUCCAUACAACGCCCCAUCGCUUCACCGGGCUGGAUAUUAUCGGCCGGAUCGUCUACAUAUUCAACUUGGUCCUCUUCGUCUUGAUCACGGCCAGCAUGGGCUACCGUUUUGCUGUCAAGCCGAAAGCUUUGAAACAUAGCUUGACUCAUCCGACGGAGAGCCUCUUCUUCCCUGCCUUUCUGCUCAGCUUCGCUACUAUCCUAACGAAUGCCGCUGCUUAUGGCGUCCCCAAUUCCGGUCCUUGGCUGGCCACUGCCAUCUACGUCCUCUUCUGGGUCUACGCGGGCCUCUCGACGAUAUCCGCUAUCGUCCAAUUCUUCAUCCUCUUUAGGGGUGAGAGCUUAUCCGUCCACUCCAUGACGCCAGCCUGGAUCCUCCCCAUCUUCCCCGUCAUGCUGGUGGGAACCCUGGCCGCGUCCAUCUCCCCCACCCAGUCCCCGGAGCGUCGCAUCGCCAUGCUGGUGGCUGGCGUCACCUACCAAGGCCUCGGCUGGACCGUCGCCUGCCUCGUGUACCCCCUAUAUCUGGGCCGACUCAUGCAGGACGGCCUGCCCGCGCCGGCGAUGCGGCCGGCGAUGUUCAUGGCCGUUGGGCCUGCUGGGUUCACCACCGUGGCCAUCAUCGGUAUGGCGCGUGCUAUCCCAACCGGGUACGGGUAUUUUGGUCAGCAUCCUAUGGCGCAGGAGGUUUUGAGUAUAAUGGCUACCUGGGUGGGGAUCUGGAUCUGGUGCAUCGGGUUCUGGUUCUUCGCCAUUAGUCUCAUCUCCGUGGUUGAGUCAGCGCUCAAGAAACAGCUGCGAUUCUCGCUUUCGUGGUGGGCAUUUGUGUUUCCCAACGUUGGCUUGACGGUGGCUACAGCACAGAUAGGGCAGGAAUUGGGGAGUGAGGCGAUACAGUGGGUUGCGAGUGCCAUGACGAUUCUCAUUGUCGUCAUGUAUUUCAUCGUCGCAUACGCUCAAGUCGUCGCGGUCAAGAAGAAGGCGAUACUGUGGCCCAAGGAUCAUACCAGUAUGGCAACUGCUUUUCUGAUCACCGGCGCCACUGGCCGUCAGGGCGGCUCAGCAGCUCGCAUCCUGCUUGAGAGAGGAAUGACUGUUCACGCUCUGGUGCGGAAACGAGACUCAGCUGCUGCUCAACAGCUGGAAAGCCUCGGCGCGGUCAUUUUCGAGGGUGAUUUUAACAAUGUAGCUGCAAUCCAAGAGGCCUCAAAGGGAGUCUCGGGCAUAUUCCUCAAUCUUUGGCCUACGCAAGAUCCUGCAGACCAGGCCCGCCAAGCCAAGGCGUUCAUCGACGCAGCGAAGGCUGAUGGCGCGGCCAUCGUGGCUUCAACCGCAUUUCUCGCUACCAGAUCGGAUAUUUGGGGCGAUGUGGAUGGAUUGAAGCAAUACUACGCAGGCAAAGUGGGCGUCGAGAAUGCCUUGCGUGAAGCCAAGCUGGCUUCCUACACGAUCCUGCGCCCAGCCCUGCUCAUGCACAACUACCUGAUGCCCGACUCCAAGUACCACUUUCCCGAGCUAUUCAGCGAGGGGGUCGUGGCACACGCGUACGGGCCGGGGCGGCGGAUGGCACACCUGGAUGCUGCCGAUGUCGGCAAGUUUGCGGCUGAGGCUCUUCUCCAGCCAGCCAGAUUUAAUGGCCAUGAAAUUGAGCUCGGCUUCCAGAAUCUGACACAAGAAGAGAUCGGCGAGGCCCUUAGUGGGGUUAGCGGGCGGACGGUCAAGGUCUAUCGCUGGACUGAGGACGAGAUCAAGGAGAAGCGAGGACGCAUCGUAACUUUGCCAUGGCAGCUGCUGGCAAAUGAGCACGACCUUUCCGUUGACGGCGAGAAACUUCAAAGUGAAUAUGGAGUUACUUUGACACCAUUCUCAGAGUUUCUGCUUCGUGAGAAGACCAAGGUCAUGGAGUCACUGCCAUCUGCAUAA